CCAAGCGAAUGUCGAAUAUUAUUUCUUUUGAAUAUUAUUUUUAUCUUUUAAAACCUCCAAGAAAAAUGAAUCAUUUAAUCAUAUUUAAUAUAAUCUCCUAAGUUUGACGUAAUAUCGGUCCAUCGCAACUUUUUGCGAUGGACGUACAAGACGAAGGUGUUUUGGAUGUUGACUUACUCCCUGACGAUGGGUCAGACGAUGAAGGUGAAGCGCCGCCGUCUUCUGAUUUCUAUGUGGGGCCUGGGUCAACACCAACAUCAUGUGCAUCAUCCCCACGUGGGGAGGAGCCUGCCUCUCCACAUGGAGGUGCAGCACAGCCAGCAUUCUUUCACCAUCAACCAUAUAGCCGACCAUUCUUUACAUCUGUUAGAAGAGGCCCAGGUAGACCACGGAAAGAGGGUCCUAAGUUAGCCAGGGAAGGAAAAAUUGUCAGAAGAUAUAGAGGAAAUCCCGGUUCUGUGAGAGGAGCAAAGCGACAUCGUACCAGCCGGGAUGAUGCUCUUGAUGAGGUAAUGGAUGAGGAUGACUUCACCAUGCCAGCUCCAGAAGAACCACCCUAUAUGCCUGAAAAAUGGCCUGGAAAAGUGUGUGCUCUCUGUAACCUGAGUGAGAAAAGUCAACUAGGGCAGGGUGAGAUGCGUCAGAUAACAUGUAACAUUGAGGAAGGUGAUGGCAGUUCAACACCGGCUAUAAUAAAUUCCGGAGGUGCAACACCAACAAGCAUUUCAACACCGAGCACACCGACUUUACCCAUGAUACCUGGACUAUCAUCACCUCCACCUGAGUCAAUAGAUCCAAUGCAACAACAUCUAGCUUUACCAUUGAGUAGACGGCAGAAGGCUUUUAAUAAAUGCAAAACACCAUUGUACAACAUGGAGCACACAGAUGAACUUUCUAUCAUUGGUCACUUAGAAAUUCUGGAACUACCAUCUGUUGUGUCUUCCAGCUCAGUGUACAUACACAGAUGUUGCUUGGAAUUUAGUCCACCCUUUCAGGAUCAGGUGGCGGCGGCUUCUAAUGAUGAAGAUAAGAGUCAGUUAGAAGAAGCAAGAGUAAAAGGAAUCAUUAAUAAUGCAUUAUCAAAGAAGUGUGCCUUUUGUCAAAGACAUGGGGCGAGCAUUCCAUGCAAGAUGAGCUGUAGUAAAUUUUUCCAUUUGCCCUGUGUGUUGGCCUCGGGUGGUUUUAUUGAUUUCCACACCAAGUCUUCUUUCUGCAAAGAUCAUUUAUAUCAAGUGCCACUUGUUUGUACUGCUGAUAUUGAGUGCAGGACAUGUAGAACUAUUGGUGACAUCUCCAACCUGAUGACCUGUGUCACCUGCGGAGGACACUACCAUGGAACUUGUGUAGGACUUGCUCAGAUGCCGGGUGUGCGCGCGGGGUGGUCGUGCCGCGGCUGUCGUGUGUGCCAGGUGUGCAGGGGCGAAGCGCCGGGUGACGCGCGUGCUGUGGCCUGCGAGCACUGCGACAAGCUAUACCACGCCGCCUGUCUGCGCCCCGUUAUGGCCACCGUGCCCAAGUACGGCUGGAAGUGCAAGUGCUGCCGCGUGUGCUCUGACUGCGGGGCGCGGUCACCAGGCGCGGGUCCCUCCUCCCGCUGGCACGCACACUACACAGUGUGCGACUCUUGCUACCAGCAGCGAAACAAGGGCUCCUUCUGUCCGUUGUGCCGGCGAGCGUACCGCGCAGCCGCCUACAGAGACAUGAUACGGUGUACUACAUGCAGAAGGUACGUGCAUGGUGCUUGUGAUCCGGACGCAGAGCCGCAGCAGUACAGACAGAAAAAAGAUCAGAACCCCUCCUAUGAAUAUAACUGUCCUAUUUGCAAGUCUCACAUGCAGAUGUCCGGCUCCAAAUCUGCUUCAUUUGAAGACGAUAGUUUGACCCAAAGUGGUCAAGACUCAUCAUAUGGCGAGGAAAAUUCACAAGAACAAGAUCCACUAGCUAUUGAGCCCAAACAGGCGGACAUUGGUCUUGGGAAGGGAAAACCCUUUUCGGUGUCAUCCAAAGUGGCAAAGAAAAAGAUCGGCGGAUACAAAUUGAAAGGCGGAUUCCCUCCAGCGGGUAAAUUAGGCUUCCAAAAGCGGCAGAGAGCUGUGCUCGAUUUCGGUCGGAAGAGGGGAUCGAAGCCUAAAAUGAGAGGUGUCUUUGGUGUUCCUGGCUUGGGACUGCAAAGACCCCAAGCACCAGAUAAUAAAACUCCAGAAGAUGACCCAGGUGUAGAAAAUAAACUUGUCCUGUGUUCGAGUAAAGACAAGUUUGUACUGACUCAAGACUUGUGUGUGAUGUGCGGCGCUAUCGGGACAGACUCUGAGGGCUGUCUUAUUGCGUGUGCGCAGUGCGGGCAGACAUACCAUCCUUAUUGUGUUAAUAUCAAGGUUUCCCAGGUGAUAGUUGGUCUGGGAUGGCGGUGUCUGGACUGCACGGUGUGCGAGGGUUGCGGCACACGCGGUGAUGACGCACUGCUGGUGCUGUGCGACGACUGUGACACCGCGUGGCACACUUACUGUGCGCGCCCGCAGCUCGCCGAUGUACCUCGCGGUGCCUGGCGCUGUGAGCGGUGUCGCCGCUGUCGCGUCUGCGGUACCAGGGACACGCUCGCCUGGCGCGACAACUAUACAGAGUGUGCUCCGUGUGCGUCGCUGGUGAUGUGCUGUGUGUGCGCGGAGCCGUACUCUGAUGGGGAGCUGAUCAUCCAGUGUGAGUCUUGCCGGCGCUGGCUGCACGCCUCCUGUGACAGCAUACGCAGCGAGAAUGAUGCCGAGAUAUGUUGCCGGGCGGGAUAUAAAUGCAUAAUGUGCCGGGGUCGUGAGGUCCCGCCGCCGCAUAUAUCUCGCGCGCUGCCCGCACCGGAGUGCGUUGGGGGCGCGGGUGCGGGUGCGGGUACGCGGCUGACUGCGCAGGCGCUGGGUCUGGCCGGAGAGUACUACGUAGACGAUGUGUGCCUCUCGCAACGCGGAGCACACCACAUGAAGCAGCUCGAGGCCGACAUGGGCAUCACUCAUACGAGACGCAAGAGACGCUUUAAGAAUGAAAAUGCUGAGAAAGACGCCGAAAUAAUGGCAUCUAUUGAAACAGUGGUUCAGAAUGCAGACAACGAGAUGGCCGAGGAUUCCAAGCCCGACAGCACCGCUGAAGUCAAAGACGAACCUGGUUUAGCAUCCAAUACAAACUUCAAAGAAGGCAUGCUUUGGAACGUGGCGAGCGACGGCCCACCACCUGAAGGAUUCACAGUGUACUCUAUAGAGUCUGGUCUCACUGUACUGAGAAGAAAACGACAGAGAAACCUUAAUAAACUAGGCAUUGGCGGCUUCGUGGUGCGACAGAGACAGGCGACCAUUAAAGCGCAAGCCGACGAUGACAAAGAUGGCGACGGUACACAGGCGUCAGGAGAAUCACCUAGCAACAAGCGAAAACCCCGCCGCAAGCCACGCUCUAAGCUGAUGGAACAGUUCCCGUCCUACAUGCAAGAAGCUUUCUUUGGAAAGGAUUUACUCGAGCCUGUCAAACCCGCCGUCAGUUCCACGGGUAAUCCAUCAGAGAGUCCAGGCGGGUCAGUACGUGGUGGUACUCCGGAGGGCUACCGCGAGCUGCGCGACUUCAAGCUGGACAUUGAAAACUCUGACAGCGAGGGCGAGGAUGUGCUGGCCGCACUCACCAGCUACAAUGACAAUGACACCUCAUUUGUUAUUGCACUCAAUACGGAGGAACUUGACUUAUUAAACUCUCUGAAACCAAAAGACGAGAAGGAGGAUCUAUCAAACAAUAUUAAUUCGGACGGCACAGCAAAGAUUAAGCUGGAACACCCAGAAGAUGGACACCUGAAACAUACAGAAGACUCUACUGCACUAAAGAAUGCUAUCUUAGGCCCUCAGCCCAGUGAGACUGAACAGCCACCUCCAGCUGCAACGGAAAAUAUACCUACAGUGCAUAGUACUAAGACUGAAACUGUUAGUAGCGAGACGGGUGGGUCGUCUCAAGGGUCGACGAUAUCGCCAAAGGACGAGCUAUCUCUGCUGGGUGUCAACUUGGACGCAAUGGUACGCGACACAUUACCCGACAUGGAUGGCAAUGAUGUCGACGAGAUAUUCAAAGGUGUACUCACUGAUGACUCACAGGAGUCGCAAGAAUCGUCCGCAUCGUAUGUGAAUUCAAUGGCUAGCACGCCGUACUCACAACAACGACAACAGCUGCAGAGCCCAAUGGACUACGCCUCACCUUAUCACAAUGAUUUUGGUAGCAACAGCAGCAGCGCACUGAGCCCGCUGUUCUCGGAGUGCGGGUCAGGCACGUGGAGCGAGCAGCCUGCCGCACCACCGCCAUCAUACAACCAGCGCAGCGCCGACAAGAUGCGCGCCGAUGAGAGUUUAGGUUCAGCGGCAACAAUAUCAGCUGUUCUGUACGCGAACACUAACCAUCCAGAAUGGAAGGCCGAGUUCCCCAAUUGGGUAGACCGUUGCAAGCAGAUCCUUAAGAAGUGGCGCGCUUUGCCCUCCGAGCAAAAAGCGCCCUACUUACAACGGGCAAGAGAUAAUCGCAGUGCAAUACGAAUGAAGAAAGCACAACAAGAGCAGGAGCGCGCGUGCGGCGGCCAGCGCAGCGCGCGCGAGGCAGAGCAGGAGCGCCAGUGGAAGCAGCUGCAGCAGAUGCGCCAGCAGCAGACGCAGCAGCAGCAGCAGAUCAUACACGACCAGAGGAUACAAGCAGCGAUGCAGCGUAUGCGGGCUCCGGACAGCAGCCCGCCGCCAAGUAAUGCGCCACCGCCGAGCCCCGCGCCGGCCACGCCCGCGCCCCCCGCACCCACCACGCCCACAGCCGAGGCGCCGCGCAGCGCCUUCCCUGCGCAACGCUUCCCGCUGCACUACGCCACCAACGACGACAUCAAUCGUCAGCUGCGCGACUUGCUGCAGCGGCAUCCCGACAAGAUGUGGCCGCCGCAAGCGGGAGGUGAAGAAGGUGCGAUACAAGGCAUGAACCUAGAGGGCCAGCCGUUCAGGCAGCCACUGCCAGUAGCGCUGCGCCCGCGCACGCCGCUACAACCGGGACAGAGGCCGGACCAUCAGUUAAUAAUGCAACAACGUAUAGUGGGAGCUGAGAGUAACCCAAUGCAACAGAACAUUCCACAUCCAGUUGCUCAGCACCUCAUGGAGCAGAAACAAUCCAUGGCUGCGCAACAAUCUAAUGUUCCAAAUCUGGGAGCAGACAAUAAACAGGACUCCGCAUCUGAACAAGGUACGGAUGAGAUGGACAUGGGAGAUAUGGAUAAAUUGGAACAAGAUGCUGGAAACAUUGGAGAGGUGGAUAUAUUGACUGGUCUGGGAGGCGAGGAUGACGAGGCGCUACUGGAGUCGCUGACGGCGGAGAUGGGCGAGCAGUUCAACAUCCUGGAGUACGCAGACCCUGAGCUGGCGGCGCUCAACGACGUGCACUUGUUGGACGGCCUCGAGCUCGCUGAUGACGUGCCCGACCGCCCGCCCGACCGUGCCAACGAACGCCCGACCGACCGCACCGCAGACCGACAUGUCAGGCGGCAGCAAGAUGAUGAUAAUGAUAAUAAACCAGAGGUGAAAACAGAAAGUGACCUUCAAAAGACGGUCAAGAUUAUGGAACAGAAUAAAGUGGAGGUUAAACCGGAGAUGGACACAAUCAAAACGGAAAAUCAAGACAUGAAAUCAGAAAUGCCACCCGCACACAAUGUCAACCAGAUGUACCAGGAGGGAGUUCAUAGAGUUAUAACACAGAAUCAGCAGAUGUCUUUACAGACUUCAAUGCAAGAGAUAAAGUCAGAAAUAAAACUGGAGGGAGAAGAGGGGAAGGCUGAGGGAGAGUGGCGCGCCGUACAGUCUCCGCAGCGACCCGUCUUCUCUCAGAUGUUCACUACGGCGGUGCAGCGUCUCCAGCUGCCGAUACAACAACAACAACAAAACAUGGGUCAGCGGGCGCAGCAGUUCGGUCAGCCGGUGCAGCAAGUGGUCGGGCAACAGCUCGUGCAGCGCGGCCAGUUGCAGCUCUCCGGACAGCAUAAUAUGCACUUUGCUCAGAACGUGAGUCAGAAUGCGCACACGCAGAGCAUCGUGAAUGCGAUGACGGCGCAGGUGCAGGCGGCGCUGGCUGCGGGGCGCGCCAUCGCACCCGGCACGCGGCUGCUCGGCGCGGACGGAGCUGUCGGCGUCGUGCGACAUGACCGCUCUGUCGCACUCGCAGCACUGCCGCACUCAGCGUCAGCAGGCGUGAGUCGACCUCCGCCGCCGCCACCUUACCCGGGCAAACUGCGCGCUCAUCCGCCGCACCCCCCACCCCAGCAGCAGCAGGCACCGCAGCAGCCACAACCACCGCCACCACCAUACCCACAGGCGCCGUAUGACGCGGAGGCGUGGGGCGACUGGCUGCACCGCCGCCCGCUGCUGCUGCAGAACGUAAACCAGGAGCAACCGUUGCUUCUGGAGGAGCUACUGGAGCAGGAAAAGAGAGAACAAGAACGGGAUGGCGGGGAGUGGUCUGGCGCGGGGCCGGGCGGGCCGGGUGCCGCGGCGGCGGGAGGCGCGGGCGUGGGCGGGGUUAGCGGCGUGGGCGGGGUCAGCAACGUGGCGCCUCCCCCCGCGCCGCCCACCGUCGCCCUGUUCUCUGUGCCGCCGCCGCCGGCGCCCCCCGCGCCGCCCGAGCGCCCGCUCACCGAGGCCGACCACCACGCGCGCCUGCUCUACGAGCAAUGGCUCGACCAGUACAACGCCUUCGCCGUCGACCAGCUGCGCUACUACGAGACCGAGGUCCAGAAGCUGCGCAAGACCCGCAAGUCGCUGAACAGCAAGCAGCGUCAGUUACGCAAGUCCGGCAACGAGCUGAUGCCUAACGACGCAGCCGCACUACAGCAGGUCUCCACGCAGCAGCAGGCCUUACAGAAGCAUCUCGAAUCUGCGAGGAAGCAAGCCAGGCAGCACAGUACUCUCAUUCAGGAAUACCAAACUAAGCAUCGUCAACAAAAUCCGCAAUUGACACAACAAACGAUUGUAAACUCGCAACAGAUAUCGAGCAACCAGGGUGUCUUUACUCAGAAUCAAAAUGUGGGUCAAUCUUCUCAGUUGCAACAGACCACUAUUAACCGUCCGAUGCAGAUCGGCCUGCAAGGUGCGCCGUCACAGCAGCAACAACAGCAGCAGACGCUUAUACGAACCCAACAAUCCGUGUUAAAUUCUGAUGGGCAACCGAUCUCGCAGCAAAGGAUAGGUUUAGUAACCUCACCGCUAAAUGCACAAGGUAGAAUCCUUCAAGGCGGUCGAACACUUGUCAUUGAGCAAGCUGGUGCGCCGCAGCAGCAACUAGUGAGACAACUUUCCGGCGUUCAAGAGAGGCCCCAAUCGGUCGGGGGCAUGGUGCAAUUCAGUCAGCAGCAGUUGUCGGGAGUUAGGGGAUCGAUGCCGGCGGGAAAUCAGAUGCCGCGCCAGCCGGGCUCGCGGCCCGCCAUGUCUCCUCUGCACGUGCAGUCGCCGCACUCGCAGUCUCCGCUACAUUCGCUGGCGCCGCAGUCCCCACUGCAUCACCUCACCUCGCCGAUGCAAUCGCCGCUACAUUCGCAACAGUCACCGUUGCAUCACACAUCGCAGUCCCCGCUGCAUCAGUCGACGCAAUCUCCGCUUCACACACAACAGUCCCCGCUUCAUUCGCAACAAUCCCCGAUGCAUGCUCAGCAAACGCAGAACAUGCCGCAGCAGUCACCCAUGCAUCCCCAGCAGUCCCCGAUGCAUCCGCAGCAGUCGCCGAUACAUCAGUCGCCGCUACACACACAGCAGCAGUUAUCGACGCAACAUUCGCCUAUGCAUCCACAACAGAGCCCGAUGCAUCCGCAGCAGAGUCCCAUGCAUCCGCAGCAGAGUCCGAUGCACCCUCAACAAAGUCCAAUGCAUCCGCAACAAAGCCCGAUGCACUCGCAACAAAGUCCAAUGCACAUACAACAGUCGCCGUUGCACACGCAACAAUCUCCGAUGCAGUCCUCCAUGUCACCACAACAUUUCCUUCAACAAUUGCAAGCGCAAAGAACUAGUCCUCAAUUACCGACGCCCAGCCGCAGUCCGCAGAUUUAUCAACAAUCACAAAUACAAAGCCCUGUAGCCUCCCAUUCACCUCAACUACAAAAUAAUGAUUAUCCUACGGGCAGAUUUUCGAGGCCCGCCCCUGGAUGCUCUCCUUUGCCAACACGCUUUGCAAGACCACCUCAUCAUCAACAAGGUAUGAGGGUCGGUGUUCCCUUCGGGAGUCGCCAACAAACCUCACCGCUCGGCAGUCCGCAACCGUUGCCAUCUCCAGGCAACACAGCUAAUGAAAUGGCUCGCCAACAACUGCUCCAGAGACAGCAGUACAGUCCGAUGGGCGGCGCCCCGGCGUCCCCGUCGUUGUCGCGGUCGCCGCACGUGGCGCGCACGCCCACGCCCUCCGCCUCGCCCGCCGCCUCCCCGGCGCCCACGCACCAGGAGCACGGCGGCGGCCACCACCACCACAUGGCGCCCCACGACCAGCGCGGCGGGGGCCGGCCGCACAAGGUGGCUCCCCUCCCGCCCGGAUAUAGGUACUUCAAAAUCGGUCUCUUUGGAGGCGCUCCCGUUUGGCCCAAAGACGAAGAACGGCGACCACCCUCCCAUUUGAAUAAAGUAUCUAUACUCAAAAGGCGAACUCCUCCUCGGCCGCGUUUCGCUGGAAAAACUGCUGCACCGAGCGAAAGGUCGGAAGAAGUCGGCGAAACUAGCGAUGGAAGAAAAUUUGUUGUUUUUUCGACCGACGGCGUGGAAUAUGCGGCGACAUCCGAUGAUGCAGCGCGUAUGAGUUUUUCUAAAGACGAUAACGACGAUGAUGUGGAGGAGUUUGUAGAACAUCUGGACGAUGAUGACAUAGUUGUCGUAGAACCCGGAGCGAUAUCCCCAGAGGAGCGCAUCGCCACGGAGGAGGACUUUGAGGAGUUGAUAGAUAGCGGUAAACCUGAAGACGAAAUGGACGAGGAUACGUCUCACCAGGACAAGUGUUUGACUAGAACUGAAACUACCACAAAAACUGUCGCUGUAAUCAGCCUCGCUACUGCGAAGCAGCCUUCUACAAGUGUCCCGCAGUAUAAAAUUGUUAAUACAUCACAAAAUUCCUCACUUUCUCGGCUGCCGGUGCUCAACGCCACCAUAUUAUCUCAACAUGCUAAUACGAAAAUUAUCAGCGAAUCACAAGCUACAGUAGCGUCAGUUUCCAUAGCCAAUCAAACUAUUUCUGUACCAGUUUUGAAGAAUCUCGCAGUGCCUAUUGCCAGUGUAACUGGUCAUGCCGGUGGACCCAAACCCCAAAUAAAGAAAGUACCUCUUAAUCUCACAAAUCCCCCUCUGACAGUUAAUAUGUCAUCCCAACCUCUUUCUAAGCCAAUCAGUUCUGUAAUAAGUGUUAUAUCUUCGAACGUACCCAAAGUAUCCAAUUUAAACCCUGUGAUCAGUCUUGCAACUUCCAACACGGGUGCUUCCAGACUCCCAGUGUCGAUUUUAACGCAACAUCAAGUGAAACAAAAAAUUGUGAAAACUAUAGAAAAACCGAUUGCCUUGUCAUUGUCUAACACCAAACUAUCCAGCUUAUCUGUUACACAUGACGUUACGUUGCCAGCCAAAAUUUUCCAAGAUGAUGCAGCAUCCCCCGAUAGUACUGUUUCUGCUGAAAAUAGUGACUCACAAAAUCCUACUACUUCCGUGUCUUUGCUAAGCUUAACAUCCCACGGAACUCAGAAAGAUCAUAAACCUUUAGCUAUCAUGAAAGAUUCAAGCAAAGACAUUGACAUAGAGACCGAAAUAAGCCAGCAGACUGAAUUACCUCACACACUUUGUAUCACCGAUAGAACACCACUUCUUUUGGGAAAGGCAGACAUAAAGAGUCCUGACCCAAUUCCAGAAAAAAUUCCGGAUAACAUUAUGGAAGGUGAUGAUGAAGAUAAACCCGAGGACAACUUACAGAGUAAUUUAUUGCUAUCAUAUAAUAAUACUUUUAUACAAAAUCCAUCAACAGAGGCUAAACAAGAUGAAAGUGUUGUUAAGACCAUAAAAGCUAUAGCAAAUCAAACUAAAGAAAUGGUUAUCGACUCGAACAUGCAAAUAACAUCUGACAUGGCGCAAGAAUCUGUUCAGAUAUCGAUUCCAUCGCCGACGCCGUCCCAAGAGCGGUACCUUAAUGAUAUAACUAUGCGAGAACAUUCCGAGGCGGUCGAAGGAAACACAAAACGUGUGGAAAGCUUAGAAGAUAUGCUUUGUAUAUACGAUAACAGAACUGACGAAGAAAAACCCUAUGAAAUAAAACAAGCAAGCCAGCAGCAUAACGUGCAUUUCAAUGUCCAAAAUCAAAAUCCAAACAUUAAUAAUACACCUACGAAACAAGGCAACAAAGAAGUUCAAGAGCCAUCAGUUUUAUUAAAACGUGAACAAGAGAAAUUGAGUCUGCAAUCGACCACCGUUCCGCAGUUGUCGCCGUUGUCACAACCAGCGGAGUUAACUUCGAAUAUGGCUAAUGUUUCACAACAGCUACGAACUAUUAUGUCUUCAUUGAAUACAAACUCGUCGAAAUUAGAACCUCAGAAUAUUUCUAACGUGAGAAAAAAUAGUGAUGCUACCACUCCAACACAAGUAAACUUUGAAAAUUUGUUACCAUCUUCUAAGGUAGAAGUGACGACUUCACGUCCUUCCCCUAUUCAAAGAAUUGAGAAGCCACCGUCAUCUAUUCAUAGUUCAGAAAGUAUGCCUAUAAGCGCGGCCCAAAUGGUGGGCACUCGUGUAAACACUUUGUCGUCUAUAGGGCAAAUAAGACGGUCUCCCACAGUGUCACCAAUAAAUUCCCCCAUUCAAAAUACAUUGAUGAAAUCCCCUGCACAGCCCUCUCUCAUAUCGAAUCAAUCUUUUACCCAAAAUGAAGAUGUUAUUGUUGCUACUGUGGCAUCACAAGUAAUCCAAAUGCCAGCUCUUUCAAAAAUACAUAGUAAUUCAUCAGCACCGGUGUCUUUGAUUCAUUCAAAUAAUACUAUAACAACAAGUAUAAGUGGGUUUCAAAAAGGUCAACAGUUGCCCACAAGUAUAUUGGGCCACACCUUACUUCAACCCACUAGACAGAUCAAUACCAGUAAUAUAUCGUUCAGUUCUCACAACAUUAGCUCCAGUCAGCCACCCGCUUUAGUAAUGACAUCGAGAGCAGUAAUGAGUAGUAAUAAAGAACCAGCGCCGAAUGUCACUGUGCGCAUGCCACAAAUGCAAAUGAAGCCUAAUCAACCUUCUGGUUCGAUCAAUUUUAUAACAUCAUCAAAAUUGUUACAUACGCAAUUAACGUCUCCAUUAAAAAGAUCGAAGUCUACCGAUGAGCCUAAAAGCGAAGUUAUAGUUGGUCACAUACAGCCUACGAAGAGGCAUAGCGUCGAAUCGGUAACAGUUAAAUCUGAACCUAUGGAAACAGAUGAACCUAAUGCAACACCGAAUUCAAACGACAAUGCAAGUAAAAAUACUGGCGCUGGAAAUCAAAGAAAUGACGAAUCACAAAAUGUUCUUCUAAAGCAACUUUUACAGACAACGACCACGGCGGCGACUGUGGUCCCACAGCGAACAAUGACAAUACAAAGGACGGCGCCUGCUUUGGGUACAAUUUCCUCUUUAGAGGCUCAGCUAGCCAGACCCUCGAUACCACCCCCAACUUUAGCUUUAACUCAAGAAGUAGAAAUACCAAAUAAUUCUCCGCGACAUUUGACUACGGUCAGUUCCAGUUUUAAUAAUCGUCCGACACAAAACUCGAUUCCUACAUCAUCAAUUUCACCACUGAGUCACACAUCGACGCAGUCAUUGAUGGACGUGCGAAAACAACCAAUAAAAAUAAUGUACAAAGAAGAAACAACACCAGUCCCUGAAAGUUCGCCUACAAUCAAAUCGACGCCAAUGUAUUCGAUGAAUUUAGAAAAUCAACAAAUUAACACGACAAUUAAAAAAGAGGUGGCACCUCCACAGCAGAGCCCAGUACAUAGGCCAUUUACACCGAUGGAUGUUAAAAAAGAAUUGUUGGAUGAAAGUUCUCAACAAUCAGCAACAUCCGGUAUCUCGACUGCAUCCGAUCAAGGAAAAUUAGAUCAGCCAAUGAAAGAAGAAUACCCUGAAAGUGUGACUAUGGACUCGACUUCAGAAAUUAACACUCCGGAAACCGCCACCGAAGCAAAAAAACGUAAGAGACGAGAAUAUCAGCAGAAGAAGCGCAAACAAAUGCAAAUGAACAUGAAAGCCGCUGCCGAAAGUAAUCUGAGCUCAGUUAACGCUAAGAAAAGACCGCGGAAGGGUUCCAGAUAUGAAGAAGACUAUGACACAUUCAUAGACAAUUUAAUGACUCAAUUACGACUUUUGCCGCCGAUGCAAAUUCAAGAGCCUACGCUUGGCGUUAAUUAUUCAGUCUGUCCAUUGUUUGGUUCUGGUGAUUUAACUAAAUUAAAAAGUAAAGAUUAUGAUAUUUUAAAAGGUGAUCUUACCGGAGAGUUUGGGAAUGCUAAAAUACCAAACGUCGCAGAUUAUUAUAACACAAAACCAUUUGGCGAUGAAGAACCGAUACCAGAAAAACAAGCGACUUCCACUCAGCGAGGUUUCUAUGACCAAGAAUUCCCACCGAUUAUAUUCGACGAAGAUCCCGAAGAUAAGAAAUUAGACUUCAUUUGCAAAGAAAGAGAUACAGACACCCCCGAUAGCAUCAUUAGCUGUUCAAGCCCAGAAGGUUUUGAGAUCGAGCCGGCAGACAGAUUCCCGGGACUAAGGUUCAUCGACGACGAGGAUGAUGAGGACGAUAGCGAUACACCGUCAGGAAAAAUAUCCCCAAUAAUACCUCUAAUUGCUCCCAUACCGAUACGUAUGAAGCCGCUAUCUUUGUAUCAAGGAAAAGACGAAGAAGAAUGUCAAAAAUCAAUUAAAAGCAUCGAUACCAAUUCACCGCUUAAAACUAAAAUUGAUGAUUCUCCGGGAAGCACAGAAAGUAAUGAAAAUGUUACUGUCACACUUACACUCACCUCAGGAGCGGCUGAAGAUAUUCUCGGCGUAUUGAAAGAGCUCGCCGGUAUUCUGCAUAUACCGCCUCCUACGUCAUACCAAAUAAUUGAAAGGACAGCGACACCACCUUCUCAUAAACUGGGAUUGUACAGAUCAAAAGGAAAGGACGGCAAAGAAGGAACACCAAUCGACAUUCAAAGUAUAUUAAACGGAGCAGCAAAAUUCUGUCGGCACUGUGACGUUGUAAUAUUGGAUUCCGUCGUCCGCGCAAAGGCCUCCGAAUUCCCUCUACUUUCGGCUAACAAAGGUAAUGCGGAGGAAAUUCUUUGCGACAGCGAUUCCGAACUAUAUUUUUGCAGCACUCAAUGCUACGAAAGAUUCGCGUGGCGACCUACCAACAUUAUUCUCGAUGGAAAGUCGAAAGCUGCCAUUAAAGAUGACAAUAAGUCUGAAAUAGAAAACAACUUGUCAAAGGACAGAGACGACUUCGACACGGCAUCGACUGAGAGCAUGGAAACGGAUGAUUUAGACAUAAAACCUGACAUAAAGGAUGAAAAGAUGGAUUUAUCAUUUAUCGAUUCACUAGAUAAUGAUGAACUAAUGAAGGAAGUCGGCGACGACGUGAGCGCUCUAGACGAAGACCUGAAGAGCGUAGAGCAAGACGAUAAAAGUAAUCAAAGCGUGGAAAGAGAGAAAUAUAGGGGCAUCCGCUACAAGGCUUGGUCGCCGGGCUGUAUCGGUCCGCCGGUUAAAUACAAACGUCCAACAGAUAGGGAGCUAACGGAAUUGGUGUUCAGAACGGGCGUGGCGAUAAUGCCGGUGACGAAUGAGGACACACGUAAAUGCGAGCUCUGCGGCAUCCAAGGUGACGGGGUGGGCGAUGGAGUAUCACGUCUGCUCAACUGUGACGUGGACCGUUGGGUGCACCUGAACUGCGCGCUGUGGUCUGCCGGCGUGUACGAGACGGUGAGCGGCGCGCUUAUGAACGUGGAUGGCGCACUGGCGGCCGGCAUGAGCGCUACCUGCGCCGCCUGCCGACGUCUCGGCGCCACCGUGAGGUGCUUCAAGGUGCGCUGCGGCAGUGUCUACCAUCUCGGCUGCGCCGUCAAGGAGAACUGCGUCUUCUACAAGAAUAAAACGGCGUUCUGCGCGUCACACGCUCCUAAGAACGAGAAGGACAACGAGCUGACAACGCUGAGCGUGCAGCGGCGCGUGUUCGUGUCGCGCGACGAGCAGCGGCAGGUGGCUUCGGUGAUGCUGCACUCGGACGCCAACCACCUCAUCCGUGUAGGCGGCCUCAUCUUCCUCAGCCCCGGGCACCUGCUGCCGCAUCAGCUGCCCGCCUUCCACACGCCCAACUACAUAUACCCCAUUGGAUACAAAAUCGUACGGUUCUACUGGUCGAUGUCGCGCGCUAACAGUCGCUGCCGAUACCUUUGCUGGAUCUCAGAGGAGGAGGGGCGGCCGCGCUUCCACGUGCGGGCGCAGGACGAGUCGCGUCGGGAGUUGUGCGCGCCCACACCGCGCGCCGCAUGGGCUGCCGUAUUAGACGCAGUGGCUGCGCUGCGAGAGAACCGCGACGAGGAAGGCGUGCUGAAGCUGUGGCCCAACUAUGUGACCGGAGAGGAUCUGUUCGGUCUCACCGAGCCUGCCGUAGUGCGUGUGCUCGAGAGUCUGCCUGGUAUCGAAACACUAUCAGACUACCGGUUCAAGUUCGGACGCAGCGCGCUGCUGGAGGGCGGGCUGGCUGUGAACCCGUCGGGUUGUGCGAGAUGUGAGGCGCGCGGACGCUGCACGUGGCGGCGCGCCGGCCCAUCUCGUGCACCUCGCCCCCACGCCCCUCCCGCCACCCCCCCACCCGACAGCCCCGCCUGCCCCUACACCAAGCAGUUUGUGCACACCAAGAGCUCUCAGUACAAGAAGAUGAAGCUGGAGUGGCGCAACAACGUAUACCUCGCCAGGUCUAAAAUCCAGGGUUUGGGUCUGUACGCCGCUCGUGAUUUGGAGAAGCACACGAUGGUUAUCGAAUAUAUCGGAGAGAUUAUCAGAUCAGAGUUGUCUGAAAUACGCGAGAAGAAAUACGAGGCUAAAAACCGCGGCAUCUAUAUGUUCCGACUGGACGAGAGGCGCGUGGUGGACGCGACUCUGAGUGGUGGUCUGGCUCGCUACAUCAACCACUCGUGUCAGCCCAACUGCGUCGCUGAGACCGUCGAGCUCGACAGGCAUCUCCGCAUCAUCAUCUUUGCUAAGCGACGUAUCGCGCGCGGAGAGGAGCUGGCGUACGACUACAAGUUCGACAUAGAGGAUGACGCGCACAAGAUAAUGUGCAUGUGCGGCGCCCCCAACUGCCGCAAGUGGAUGAACUAGUAGCCCCCACGUUACAGACGACACAGUAGGCACAGUCACCUCCUCUGCCCUUAGUUAAGGCUAUGAAUUUAGUUUUAUGUACCAAAGUGACUUUACACCGUGUUAUAGAGCUAUAUAUUAAACAUAAUUAGAUUCAAGCUGACAUGUGAUCUAACAUUAUAAAUAAGACAAUAUCUACAGAGUUUUACACAUAUUUUGGUUCUAAUGUAAUUUUGUAACUCAA